AUGAAGACUGUGCGAGUUACAACUGACAUCGAGCCUGACACCGGCAACGCUCCUGAGUUUACUUGUGUGCCCAUGACGGCAACCAACGACGAGGGUGCGACACUUGAGCUAGAUGAGGGAUGCACCCUACACUACGAACCCCCGGAAGCUACCACCACAGACGAUAGCGCUGCUCGUCUUCGUCGCGAUGUCGCAACAGCACCAGCCCCCGUCAACAAUCUUUUGGCCAGACAAUUAUCGUGCACACCUUAUACCAUUUAUACAACAACGGAAUGGGAGACCGAGACCGAGACCGAAACUGGCACAAAGACUGUCACGGUGCAAGGCGAAGAUGCGACGUUCUCGUGUCCUGAGAUGGAAGUUACUAACGAUGUGGGCGAUACUUUGGCUCUCGAUGCUGAGUGUGUUUUGUCAUUUACGCCGGCUGAGACAACGAGUUCUGAGGAGGGAGCCUCGGCGCAAGAUCGGCCGACGAAUGGACCGGCCGGCACUGGGGAGAGUACUACUACCGUGACAGCUACGGCGGGGAGUGGAGGAUCGAAUGGCAACAGUGGCUCUAUUGAGAGGGGUUCUUUGACGCUGAUGUUGAGUUUUAUUGGAGGAGCAAUGUUGAUGUUGACAGUUUAA